CGUCAUAGCCACAACAGCGAUGGCUGCGUCGCGAGGAGGCCGCCGCUGGACUCGUCCUUUCUGCCUUUUGUGCUUCCUGCUGGUGUCCCUCUCCUUGCUCGGGGCGUGCGAUGGCUCGAGCACCACCUCGCCCUCGUCCUCGACCCGACUGAUAAGGGUGAGGAGGCAGCAGGAGCAGAGGAAGCCCCUGGAGGCGGCGGCGGGUGACACUUCAGCGGCUGACAGUGGCAGGAGGGUCAGCAGGGCCGCUGGCACCGACGGCACUCAGGGCACAGCUGCCCCUUCAGUCUCCGUGCAUAAAUUGGUCAAUGACAGUCAUCACCAGUUGAUCAUAAAUUGGGCUGGAGAGGGAAGUAAAGUAGUGGUGUGCAUGACACGCGACUCAGUCCAGGAUGAGUCGUCAACGUCAAAUGUAUACGUGUCCUACGACUACGGAUCGACAUUUCAGGACAAGACGAGCAAUUUUCGAAACGCUUCUCAAAAGCCAGCCAUCAUUAACAAGAUGUACAAGAAUGAUAAAUUCACCUCAGUGUUUGUGUUUACGGACAUCAUCAACAAAAUCAUCUAUGUGACCAGAGACUACUGCCGGAAUGUGACGUCUCAUGAGGUCUUUUUCACCCCUUCGGAAGUAAGCCAUCAUCCAGUGAAUGCAGAGGUUCUUCUCGUCUAUGACAUUGAAGAUAAAGAACGACGGUUGUGGAUUAGUGAAGACUUUGGCGCACAAUGGAGGGUGAUUGGACGGUACGUCAAGACAUACUACUGGUCUGAGAUGACAUCUCCACCCACUCUUUACAUUGUGCGUGAGGAACCUACCGGAGAAGCUACAGUCCUGUCUUCGCAGAUGCUGUUUAGAGAGGGCCUCACACCUAACACAGUCAUCAGUCAGGUGGAAGAUUUUGAAGUUAAAGAUGAGUUUCUCUUUGCCAUCAAGAGAGUGCAUCUCUUGGGAUCCCGUACCAUCAGUACAACGCUUCAGAUGUGGAUAUCUUAUCGUGGUGGACCCUUUUUAGCUGCCGAGUUCCCCAAUAGCCUUACACACCAGCACUAUUACAUUGCCGACAUCUCGGAAGGACAGAUAAUGGUAUGUGUGGCUCAUGAUGAGAUUCUGUCAAACUUGUAUGUCUCAUCAGUGCCAAGAUCUUCCAACCACCAAGUCAACUUCUCGCUCUCUUUGGAACGGAUCUUGUACUUCAACCCUUCGACCAACUGGGUUGACACAUGGCUCAGUGAAGUGGCAUCAGAAACAUUUGCUGACUUGCAUCCAGUGGAGGGCAUACGUGGAGUGUUCAUUGCCUCACAACUUGUGUCAGACUUCAGCAAAAUCCCAAGCAGACUCCGUCCAGAGCACUUGUCGUCUCUCAUCACAUUCAAUCAGGGUGCCCAGUGGAAGCCUUUGCAACCUCCACAAAAGGAUGCAUAUGGCAAUACAAUCAACUGUAAAAGGGAAAGUAGCUGUUCCUUGCACGUAAGUCAGGAGCUGAGUCACCUCUACCCAUCGGCUCAUGACUUGCCAGUACUCAGUAAGAAGAGCGCACCAGGUCUUAUAAUUGCUACAGGUACGAUUGGAGCUUCACUGAAGGGGCACCCAGCACUUUACCUGUCAUCAGAUGCUGGUAUCAAUUGGGUUGAGGUUUUGAAAGGCAAUUACCUCUAUACAUUUGGUGAUCAUGGAGGAGUCAUUGUGGCCGUGCAGAUGUACAAGGCUGGAGGCGAGACCAAUGAGCUGAAUUAUUCAACUGAUGAUGGCGAGACGUGGCAGACCCAUCAGUUCUUCAAAGAGAAAUUACGUAUAUUUGCACUCCUGACUGAACCUGGGGAGAACACAACCAUAUUUACACUCUUUGGUUCAAGAGUAGAGCAUGAACACCAGUGGAUCAUUAUCAAGGUGGAUAUGGCACCGGUGUUCAGGUACUCGUGCAAACCAGAAGACUACAAAACAUGGUCGCCCUCGGAUGGUCGAAGUGGAAGGCUUUGUCUCCUUGGAAGGAAGGAGGUAUACGAGCGAAGAAUCGGCCACUCAAAUUGCUACAAUGGCCAGAAUUAUGACAGGCCAAUUUCAGUGGAGAACUGUCCUUGCAACCGAGAAGAUUUUGAAUGUGAUUACGGCUACAAGGAUAAUAUGGGAACUCAGAUAUGCAUUGUGGACAGCAAUUUCAAUUUUGACCCCCAAGCAGUCCCUCUCAGCUGCAAGCCGGGAGAGUUCUAUAAUAGGACAAAAGGCUAUCGUAAAAUUCCUGGCGAUACAUGUGAAGGUGGUCGAGACUACAUGUACCUUCCAACCAUCACUGCCUGCCCUGUGUCGAAAGAGCAGGAAUUUUUGUUAGUGUCAGCACGGCAGGAAAUUCUGCGGUACAACUUGGUAGAUCCUGGUGCUGGUCUUCGUCCUCUGCCGAUACCAAAUUUGAAGAUGGUCAUUGCCUUAGAUUUUGACAUGAAGAAUAAUUGCAUCUAUUGGUCAGACAUCAAUAAAGAUAACCUGGGUAUUAAGCGGUUGUGCUUUGAUGGACACUCCGAUGUUGAAGUCCUCGUUGACACGGACCUGCAGAGCGUGGAGGGACUUUCUUUCGAUUGGAUUUCAAAUAACCUCUACUUUGUCGAUGGAGAGCUCAAGUCUGUAGAGGUCAUAAGGACCAACAUCCACAACUACGGAAGGAUGAGGAGGUCGUUGCUGACAGACAAAGACCUAGAUAAUCCGAGGGGCAUUGCGGUUCAUCCUCUCCGAGGGUAUUUGUACAUUACCGAUUGGUCUGAAACAAACCCUAAAGUCGCAAGAACAUACUUGGACGGCACAAAUUGGAAGGUUCUCUUUGAUCACACGGUUGUCGGUUGGCCCAAUGGCAUCACAAUAGACUUCCAGACGGAAAGCAUCUUCUUUGCCGAUGCCAAGCUAGAUUACAUAGCCUCUGCUGACUUAGACGGAAAGGGCAUGAGGAAAAUAAUUUCUGAUAGUGACAAGGUUAUUCAGCCAUUCGCUGUUGGCGUGUACAAGUCGCUCCUCUUCUGGGAUGAUUGGCAGGUGCACCAGGUUCUGCAGGCCGACAAAAAUUUCGGCUGGGGCAUUUCCACGGUCGGCAACAUGAGCCGGAGUGGGCUGGUUGACCUCAAAGUGUUUGGCCAUUGGUCGCAACAGGGGUCUAAUGCUUGCACAAAUAACACGCAGUGCCCAUACCUCUGCAUGGGUCGUCCAAAUAACGAGUUUGCUUGCUUGUGUCCUCAAGGCAUGAAGAUCACCCGAAAUGGAUUAAUCGAGACAUGUUCUUGUCCUGAUGGCUCGCCCAUUUUGAGUGACGGUACCUGCAAGGCGGAGGAGAACACCUGCCCACACAACUUCUUCAAGUGCAACUCAGGCAGGUGCAUUCCGAAGCAGUGGGUGUGCGACUCCGACAACGACUGUGGCGACAACUCGGAUGAGGAUGGGAAGGAAUGUGGCCACAAAUCAUGUGAACCACCAUCCUGGCAGUGCAAAAACGGCCAGUGUAUCGCACAGAGCUGGCGCUGUGACUUUGACAACGACUGUGGUGACCUCUCAGACGAGGAUGGUUGCCAGUAUGCGGAAUGCCCGGAGAGCACUUUCAAGUGUGCAAAUGGCCGGUGCAUUGAGCCCCACUGGAGAUGCGACAUGGAAAACGAUUGCCGUGACGGUUCAGAUGAAGUGAACUGCACCUCGUCAGCAAAGCCAGGAUGCAGAGGAACAGACUUCACCUGUGCCAGUGAUGGAAGAUGUUUGCCAAACUCUUGGCGUUGUGAUGGUGACAAAGACUGUGGUGACGGCUCAGAUGAGAGCAAUUGCAUGGACUACACGUGCGAGAAGUGGCAGUUCCAGUGCAAGAGUCAGCAGUGCAUCUUCAAGACAUGGGUAUGUGACGGAGAGUCAGACUGCCAGGAUGGGUCAGAUGAGACCAACUGCGAGAACGUUACAACCAGUACCAUCGAGCCGCUUGUGCCAACAGAGCCCUCCUUCCCCUCGUCUAACCAGAGUUGCUCAGCUCUCAUGUUCCGUUGCGAGAACCUGCGUUGCAUCCCAUUCUGGUGGAAGUGCGAUGGGUUAGAUGACUGCGGGGAUGGCUCUGAUGAAGAGGGUUGUGCAAUGCCUCACGUUAACGUCACUGUCAUCAAACCUGCGACGCCUGUGCCCCGACCAUCAACCUGUCCCUUGGAUCAGUUCCAGUGUAGCAGCGGUGAGUGCAUUUGGGAAACAUGGGUGUGCGACAAGGACAAUGACUGCCCUGACGGUGAGGAUGAGAAGAACUGCCACCAGUUUAACACUUGCAGUCUGGAGUCGGAGUUCAAGUGCAGAUACUCGGGUGGAUGCAUUCCGAGUGGCUUGAGGUGUGAUAGUAAGGAGGACUGUGCUGAUGGAUCGGAUGAAGAAGGCUGUCAGUCAUUGAAGCCCGAAGUAACUAAAUGUCCAGACGGAUUCUUCAUUUGCGACGGAGGUAGCUGCCUCGAGUUAUUCAAGCGCUGCAAUGGAAAACAAGAUUGCGUGGACCUCAGCGAUGAGAAGAAUUGUUCAACAGUUAAGCAGGCAUACCAGGUGACAGAUCUCACAGUGAAAGAAUUGACUAACGUGUCCGUGAGCGUGAAAUGGAGUGUAAAUGCAGCUGGAGACAUCGAAUACCAGCCGUCGAUCAUCGUAAAAGCAGCGUUAGGAAACCACAAUGCUUGGCAGAAUAAGACGUGGACUGAAAAUACAACAUACACAUUCUCUGGGCUAGAACCAUACACAGAAUACAUAGUUAAAGUGUACAUCCGCGAGAAGAACACAUCCAAGAUCUUCCCUCCCAGCAAGACCAAGAUCAUCCACACGGAACAAGGAAUUCCCAGCCCCCCCUUCAACGUUGGAGCAGAACAGAUUGGCUAUGAUCUUGUGAUCACCUGGAUGCCCCCCAUUCAUCCCAAUGGACCUAUCAAUAUGUAUCAUGUGUAUAUGUUCCCUCCAAACCCAGCACGUGAAGAACAGAUUUUAGGCAACGUAACAACUUAUACAGUUCCAUCAUCAUAUCUUGAAAAUGGAACAUUUGUGUGGGUGACGGUAACGAAUGGAGCCUACACAAGUGAGGCAAGCGAUCGGAAGAAGGUCAUCCUGCAAUCCACAGAAACCCAAGUGGCCAUUUCCGUAAACAGUGUGACCCCAACAAGUGCCAUCAUCUCCUGGGAUGCUGUACCAGGCGUAGAUGGCUACAUGGUCUCACAUAACCAGCCAGAGAAUAAACUGCUCACCGGCAAUGUUGUCGAGAACACCACGACAAAUCAGCUUCAUGUGCGAGGUCUUGCACCAGGACAAACGUACAUCUUUAAUGUAACCCCGUUCAAGGAUAAAGUCCUGUGGCCUGUAAGCCCGACUGAAGUCAGAACACCAGGUGAUGCAUUAAAAGAAGUCACAUCGUUGCAAGCCCAAGUCAUGAAAGACAUUGGCACCACAGUUAAACUGACUUGGUCUGAACCACCUUAUAAAACUCGCAAGAUUGCCUGGGACUAUCGUAUCGUGUGGGGAAAGAGCCCCAGCGAGCUCAAGAACGGCAAGAAUGUUCAGCUGACUAAUGCCACAUCUAUCAUGGUCGACAAACUGGAUGCCUGCGAGACGUAUCACAUCGCUGUCAUGCUGGGAGGCCCCAUGGGGAUAGGGCCAGCGACAGUGAAACAGGUGCAGACGCUCGCUGACCCGCUUUCUCCACCCAAGAACUUGAAAGCCCAGAGAACAAGUCACGACAAUAAGACCAUGGUCAUCACCUGGGAGCCAGCCUGUCAACAACUUUUAGAACAGAAGUUGCAGUACCUGCUCACAGUCAGGGACGUCCUCUUUAACAAGACUUCGUACUACGAGCUCCCCAGUAAGAAGACCAUGAACCAGACCCACACCAUUGAGUCACACUGGGGCGGCAAGUACUUAAUCACCGUUCAGAAUUCGCAGCCCAGUGCCCGUCCAACUCCGCCUGUUGUCAUUAAUGGCCCCAUGAUCCCUCCGCCGUAUGAGCUUACCUACAACCCAAGUGAUAACUCGUUCUUCUGGAAAAGGAGUAGAAAUUUCCCACAGGAAAUGGCAAACCAGACUUCUUCCUAUGUCCUUUAUGUCUCAAAGAACAUGAACAUGAGUGAUGCUACUGCCCAUCCAUGCAAUACCCCUCCUGUCAAAGUGGAAAGCAUCUCACCUGGAGUCAUCUACUAUGCCACAGUGGCUUACAAAGAUGUUGAUGGGUAUCUGUCACCACAGUCACACCCUAUAAGGCUGGAGAAACCCAUAGGUGACAAAAUUGUGCUGUCACAAGGCAGUGUGGUUGGUGUCGGUAUAUCCGUGUUCUUGGUCGUGGUGGCGCUGAUUGUGGUUGUAGGGGUACUUGGAGUCAGACAUCGACGCUUAGCAAGGUCUUUCUUAACCUUUGCAAACACCCACUAUGAUCGCUCUCAAGGGACAACACUCAUCACCACGGACCAUAACUUGGACGAAGAUGAUGAUUCUCCCAUGAUCCGUGGAUUUUCCGACGACGAGCCCUUGGUGAUAGCCUGAUGUCGGCCUAGUCUGGCGUUCUUCGCUGCCGACUCCUCUGCAGCGGCUCCACAGCAGGUUUGAGGACAAGAAGGGCAAAGAUGAAUUGUGAUAAGCUAUUUUUGUUACUUUAUUGUUUCACAUGUAUAUUACAAUUGUGAUGGAUGUAUUGGAUUAACACUAGUGAAGCUGGUUCUCUCGGUGAAAUCCUAAUAUGGUUUUAUUUUGUUCAUUGGAGGUAUGAGUAGUGUGAAUGUAGGUGGAAGUUUUUAUUCAGAGAGCUUUGGUAGUAACCCUAAAAUUAAACAGCUAAGAGAUGUAUGUAAUUUUCUUUAGCUUUUUUUUGUGUUAGAUUCACAAAUUCCAUUUUGGCAAAAUUGUUUUAUGAGAGUUUCUUUUUUUUGAGAGAGAGCGCAGUACAUUAUUGGUAUUGGCAAGAUCUCCAGGCAUUAUUUGCAUAAUCCAGUUGGUCUUGUGAUUUUAUUUAUGUAAACUUUUGGUCUCACAGCUAAGGUUGAUCAUAUAACUGGUUAUGAUUCUGUAAUAUAUGCACUUUACCCCUUUUAAAAAACAUAUAACAUACUUGCAUUGUAUGUUAACGCUUUUCACAGAAUUUUUAAAAAGUAUAGCACAUAUAUGACAAGAAGUUAGCAUCAAUGUGUUUUGGUAUGCAACAGGUCAGUGUUUCUUUUAAGAUUAUAUACUAUAUUCAGACAUUCCCCAAACUCUUCAUUGACAAUAACAAUUAAGUCAAACUUAUUAUGAUGUCUCAUGUAAUUAUUAAGGCACACUAUAUAUAUAUAUCCUGAAUUAUCAAUGUCUAUUUAGUUAGUUCAGUGUUAUUGCAACAAGUUACCCACAGUCCACAAUACCACUGCUUAACCUUCUCUGAUGCGUUCAGUGCAUAACACUAAUGCAGGUACAUGUUUAUAUGCAGUGAAUUUAGGACUCGGUAGCAUUUGUUCUCAAUGUCAGAUUUCAGAAGGGUGUCUUUUUGAUUAGCUUUCAGGUAAAUU